AUGUAUGAUGACAGCAGGCGUGCCGAGGUGCGGCGGGACGAAGCAACACCUGGUGCUGUGGGCACUUACGAGGGACGGGUUUGGGGUCGGAGGCUGGGAAAGGCUUCCCUGAGGAAAGAUGCUCACAAGGAGGAGAAGAAAACACAGUUUUACAUCGCUCGUGAGGACAGACAGGGCCUCGUGUUCGGAGCCCAGGGAGGCAGGACCAAGCUGCGCCGGAGGAGAUCAAGGGGCUGGGAGAACUCCCAGUCAAGCUGCGUACAAAACCACCUUCUGAGAACCGGGACAGGCUCUCCGGAAAUCCAUGUCCUCUCCCAUUCUGAGAAGGAGAGCAUAGAGGAGGAAGAAUUGUCUACUUCCCAGGAGAAAGCAAGCACUGUCGUCCACAGCCAGAUUGCCUCCAGGUAUCUGAUCGCAGACACUCCACCUGCCCAACUAUGCAGCCAUCUUCCUGCAGGCGACCCUGUGCAUAAGCACAGUCCCCACUGUGUGGGGUGUGAAAAAGAAGGGACUUUCCAGUUCUGCAAGCUCCCAUGCCCAUGGAACACGCUGUCUACUCCAGAACAGUCCGUACCAAUGCAAAUUGUACAGAUAAGGAGUUUCACGGCGGCAGCCUCCCUCGUGUCCUUGGCUUGGGCCUUGGCCUCCUACCAGAAGGCCCUCCGGGACUCUCGCGAUGACAAGAAGCCCAUCAGCUACAUGGCCGUCAUCAUCCAGUUCUGCUGGCACUUUUUCACCAUUGCCGCCAGAGUCAUCACUUUUGCCCUCUUCGCCUCGGUUUUCCAGCUGUACUUUGGGAUCUUCAUCGUCCUCCACUGGUGCAUCAUGACCUUCUGGAUCGUACACUGUGAGACGGAGUUCUGUAUCACCAAAUGGGAAGAGAUUGUGUUCGACAUGGUGGUGGGGAUCAUCUACAUUUUCAGCUGGUUCAACGUCAAGGAAGGCAGGACUCGCUGCAGGCUCUUCAUUUACUAUUUUGUGAUCCUUUUGGAAAAUACAGCCUUGAGUGCCCUCUGGUACCUCUACAAGGCCCCCCAGAUUGCAGAUGCGUUUGCCAUCCCCGCGCUGUGUGUGGUGUUCAGCAGCUUUUUAACGGGCGUCGUUUUUAUGCUGAUGUAUUAUGCCUUCUUUCACCCCAACGGACCCAGAUUCGGGCAGUCACCAAGCUGUGCUUGUGAGGACCCAGUCGCUGCCUUCACUCUGCCUCCGGAAGUGGCCACGAGCACGCUCCGGUCCAUCUCCAACAACCGCAGUGUCGCCAGCGACCGCGACCAGAAAUUUGCGGAGCGAGACGGGUGCGUACCCGUCUUUCAGGUGAGGCCCACGGCCCCGUCCACCCCGUCGUCUCGCCCACCACGGAUUGAAGAAUCUGUCAUUAAAAUUGACCUGUUCAGGAAUAGGUACCCGGCGUGGGAGAGACACGUUUUGGACCGAAGCCUACGGAAGGCCAUCUUGGCCUUCGAAUGCUCCCCAUCUCCUCCAAGGCUGCAGUACAAAGACGACGCCCUUAUUCAGGAGCGGCUGGAGUACGAAACCACUUUAUAA